AUGAAUGGGGACGAGAUGCCAGUCAAGACGGAGUCAAUGGCGGGUCCUCAAGGAGUCUGGACGACGCCGGCCUCUCAAGGCUUGAGGCCACGGCCGGCAACCAUCCACGAAGGCUUCUCAUACUGCGUCGGCGAGGGAUACGAGGGGUUGCCGUCGUGGGACUCUUCCACCUUAUCCGUGCACCACCAAGCGCCAAAUGACUCCAUGUCGAGGCCCAUAUCCGUCCAUCAGGACUUCUACCCGGCGACCACGAUGGAGAGCAGCCAGCCGUCGGUUACAAUGGGGGUCGACUCUAGGCUAACUGCCUUGGCAGAUAACUGGCCACAGAAACCCUGCGAUGAGAACCUGGACAUGCACGCCCUUGAUGCGGAGAUGAACAUUGGACAGGCAUACACCACGGACGAGGCAAUCCCCAUCCUAGACUUGCGGUACCCCGGGGCUCCUAUGGAUGGCGACUCGCUUAACUUUGAUGGCGGCCUCAACCCGCGCAGGAUGUCAGGCUCCUCGUUCACCAUGUCGACGUCUGGCGGUCUUUCUGACAUGCCAUCAUACGAGGAUUUUUCGGCUGCCCUUUCAGACGCCCCGUCUUUCAGCUCGGAAUAUCCGCCGCCGUCCAAUCGUAAUUCUAUGAUGUCUUCCACCCAGCUAUCUCCAGUUGCGUCGCCACGCAUGACUCCCCAGAGCAGAUCUGAGCUCGUCAGAACCCAGAGCAGGGGGCGGGCCUCACCGUCUCCACGACCCGGGAUGCGUGCUGCGCCGUACAGUGUUGAGGGCGCCAGGAACAAGAGGUGGUCCACGGGCUCCUAUGGAACGACCCCGAACCGCCGGCCCUCGCCGUUCAUCUACCAUCACCCGCACGAGAGUUUCAACCCGCAUGCCCGCAUGUCAUCUCGUCAUUCGUCGCCUACCAUCGCGCAUAAUCAGCUGCCCUUGAACUUUGGCAACCUACAAGCCGCACAGCAGCACCCGUACCUCCUCGGCAAUGCUCCAUCUCUCCACCGGAACAGCAUGCUGAUGCCGUCUCAAUUACCGUCUCAUGCCCUUCAUCUCGAGGCUCAUCAAUUCGACGCGCCACCUCCGCUGCUCUCUCACGGUCUCUUCCGCAUGCUCCAAAGCAACGCAGAUCCUCACUCUUUGCACAGCCACUAUACGGAUCUCUCCGAUCCCCCUGACUUGUAUGCGUCCCUGCAUGAGGAGCAGAUCCCGCCGCCACCUGAGGACAUGAACCCAUCCGACCCAGACCUUGUACCUCACGAGCAGGAACUCAGAUUCGAUGGUGACCUCUACACUCCCAGGUGGGUGCGUGGCCACGGCAACAAGCGAGAGGGCUGGUGUGGCAUUUGCAAGCCCGGCAGGUGGCUCGUCUUGAAAAACUCGGCUUUCUGGUAUGACAAGAGCUUCACCCAUGGCAUUAGCGCUGCCACCGGCAAUCCGUUCCAGGAGCCGCAGGAGACGAGGCGCAUGGACGGCAAUCCUGACGUCUGGGAGGGGCUAUGCGGAAGUUGUAACGAAUGGAUCGCGCUCGUGAGCAGUAAGAAGAAGGGCACGACUUGGUUCAGGCAUGCAUACAAGUGCCACACGCACCCAAAGAUCAAGGAUGCGCCAAAACGCCGACGAGAGAGCAGCCAUACGCGGGCCUUGGCUGCAUCGACUGUCGCAAAGCCAAAGACUGAACCGCAGGCGCCCCUGACCCCGCAGAUGACUCCAGCUAGCAUGUCGGCGGCAACCACCCCCACACCACAACAGCAACCGCACCAGCAGAUGCAUCAGCAGCAGCAGCAGCAGCAGCAUCAGCAGCAGCAGAUGCAUCAGCAGCAACAGCAGAUGCAGCCUCAACAACUGCAGCAGCAUCAGCAGCACCAGCAAGUGCAGCAGGUGCACCAGGCGCACCAGCACCAAAACCAGCACCAGAUGCAGAACCAGCACCAGCAAAUGCAGCAGCACCAGCAGCACCAGCAGAUGCAACAGGUGCAACAGGUGCAGCACGUUCAACAGGAGCAACAGAUGCAGCACAUGCAGCACGUGCAACCGCCACCAAUGCAACAUCAUCAUCAGCAGCACGAGCAAUCUCAACAUCUACAGCCGCACAUCCACAUCCAACAACCUCAACCGAGAAAGACAAUCAGCUCACUAGAAGACUUUUCGAACAUGAUUUGA